CCAGCCGAGCACUUCGACUUUGCCGCUGAAGACACCGAGAUGUUGCUUCUCUGCGGGUUGUUUCUUGUUGCCCUGGGAUCAGUAAAAGCCGGCGAGGUUUGCUACAGCAGAAUCGGGUGUUUUUCGGAUGUUAAACCUUGGGCCGGAACGGUAGAAAGACCCAUCGCCAAAUUACCAUGGGCCCCCGAAAAAAUUAACACGCGUUUUUUGCUUUUCACCAGAAACAAUCAGAACAGCUACCAGACCAUCAGCGCCACCAACCCUUCCUCCAUCUCCUCCUCCAAUUUCCGCACCUCCAGAAAGACCCGCUUUGUGAUCCACGGCUUUACAGACAGCGGGCAGGAGGCCUGGCUCUCGGAUAUCUGCAGGAGGCUUUUCCAGGUGGAGGAUGUGAACUGCAUCGCCGUCGAUUGGAGCGGCGGCUCCAGAACGCUCUACUCCCAGGCCUCAAAUAACAUCCGCGUCGUGGGGGCAGAAGUGGCCUAUUUUGUGGACAUCCUCUCGAAAAACUUUGGCUAUUCCCCAUCUAAUGUUCACCUGAUCGGGCACAGUUUGGGCGCGCAUGCCGCAGGGGAGGCCGGCAAGAGAAAGAGAGGAAUCUACAGGAUUACAGGACUGGACCCAGCUGAGCCUUAUUUCCAGAACACUCCUACCGAGGUCCGCUUGGAUUUGUCUGACGCUGGCCUGGUUGACGUCAUCCACACCGAUGCCGGUCCUUUGAUCCCCAGUUUAGGUUUUGGAAUGAGUCAAGUCAUUGGCCACCUGGAUUUCUUCCCCAACGGUGGGAUCCAUAUGCCUGGAUGUCCACAGAACAUCGAAAUUCCAAACGUUAAUGUGGAGGAUAUUUGGAACGGUGUCGUAAACUACGUUACCUGUAACCACUUGCGCGCCAUCAAGUACUACACCGACAGCAUCACCAACACCAGCACCUUCGUCAGCUACCCCUGUUCUAAUUAUUCCACCUACCAGUCGGGCGGCUGCAGAACUUGCCCCAGCGCCGGGUGUCCAAAGAUGGGUCACUACGCCGAGAGCUACCGCGGCGUGACGUCCUCCAGCCAAGUGUUUUAUCUGAACACACCGUGAUCCGGCGUUUAACCCCAAACGGAAACGAGCCAUUUCCGACAGCAUCGGCUGAAUAACAAACCUUUACAGACAUCGAGAGAUAAUUACAUUUAUUGGCCAUGAAUAUCUCAAUAAAGCCAAAGAAACAGCAUUGAAAUAAAUUAAUAAGUCGUGUUUAAUGCAUUAAUAAAGCGUAAUAAUGCA